GAAAUGGAACUCACGGCGCCAAGAACGUGGAGAGAGAAAGAGAAGACAAGACUUCUGACAGUCCCCUUGGUCCUCUUGGCGCUACUUGCUGCCUUGGUGUUGAUCACGAGGUCGGGAGGACAUAGCAACUCUCCUACUUCGCUCGUCUGGGGAAUAGGCGAGGAGGAAGUCUACGACAAUGCUGCAAAGACCGCAACCAAGCAAGGGGCUCUGGAGAUGGGCAUCACACCGUUGCCUGUCGAUUCCUCCUACUUGGAUGAGACUGCCCAGGCGCAGAAGUACAUGCAGCAGGAGCAAGAGGACGCUCAGAACGAAGCUAAGGGGAAGAAAGUGACGGGUGUCCCCUACUACACCAAGACACCCUAAGCUAGCAGCGCUUCUCAAUCGCCAAGUGUCGAUCAUAGUGAUUCGAGGAGAUGGCAUGCUUUCGUGGUGGACAUCUCUUUGUUUUUGUAUUAUCAACGAGCAAACUAGAUAUUGCGAGUCUGCUCGCGGUCCAUUGCAUCCUUUUCGUCACAACAUUCAACCUUC